AUGGGCACCGUCUCAAACAGUCCAUCGGUACCGCCUAACAUCGAAGGCCAAUCUGGCUCUGUUGCCCAGACGCCACCAACACUCUCGAGCUCAAGCCUAAACCAUCGUUCCUCCGACUUGGAGAAGGAGGCGCUGGCAGUGUUCGAAGGUCAUGAUGCGGAUAUACCCUCAAACGAAGGUUUUGUGUUAAAUGAACGCGGAGAAUUGAAAAGACAAGAAUCGAUACGGUCGCAUCGCAAGCCAUUGAGCAGCCCAGAUAAAAGUAACGGCGUGGAUAUUCCGGGUCCUCAUACCCCCCGUCGUGACGCCAAGGAAGACAUAGAAGGGAGUGCGGCGACGGUAUCAACAGAAGAUGAGGAUUCUAAUGUGGUCUGGUGGGAUGGACCUAACGAUCCCCACAACCCCAUGAAUUUCAGCUCGUGGAUAAAGACGCUGAAUAUCACAUUGGUUUCUGCCGUAUGUUUUGUAACGCCUCUCGCGUCUUCCAUGUUUGCGCCAGGAGUUCCACUGUUGAUGCGUGAAUUUGGAAGCACAAAUGCAGAGCUGGCUGGCUUCGUGGUGUCGGUCUACAUUCUCGGUUUUGCUCUUGGCCCGCUGGUUCUGGCACCAUUGAGCGAGAUAUACGGACGGCUUCCGAUAUAUCAUGUUUGCAAUGUUGGAUUCGUUGCUUUUACCGUUGCAUGUGCACUAGCAACCAAUCUAAAUAUGCUUGUUGGGUUUCGAUUUAUGGCGGGCAUAUUUGGGAGUGGCCCGUUGACAAACGGUGGAGGAACUAUUGCCGAUCUAAUCCAGCAAAAAGACCGAGGAAGAGCAAUGUCAGCAUGGGUCAUGGGCCCAAUGAUAGGACCUAUCAUUGGUCCUAUAGCAGGUGGCUAUCUCAGCGAAGCCAAGGGCUGGCGCUGGGUCUUCUGGAUCCUCACUAUAGUCUCGGGAACCUGCUUCAUCCUCAGCAUAGUAUUUAUGCGAGAAACCUAUGCUCCCGUAAUUCUAGCUAGAAAAGCCGCACGGCUCCGCAAAGAAACAGGAAACCAAGCAUUUCGCUCGAAGCUAGAUGCGGGACUCUCCCCCAGGGAUUUCUUCAUGAGAUCCAUCAUCCGCCCCGCAAAAAUGCUCGUCCGCUCCCCAGUGGUGCUUAUGGCGAGUCUUUUCGUCGGCCUCGUAUAUGGAUAUCUCUACCUACUAUUCACAACCUUCACCCUUGUCUUUCAGCGAAACUACGGCUUCUCUUCCGGGUCCGUCGGGUUGUCAUUCCUCGGAAUUGGGGUCGGUUCUUUUAUUGGUCUCAUAUUUUUUGCCUGGUCCUCAGACCGGACCCUCAAAAAGCGUACGGCAGCAGCAGAUACAAUUGCUUUGGCUGAAGGCAAAGAGUCUGGAGGGAUGAAACCCGAAUACAGACUCGACAUGAUGGUACCAACCUAUGCCCUCAUUCCCGUCGGCUUAUUUCUCUACGGCUGGACCGCUAGAUAUCACGUCCACUGGAUUGUGCCCAUUAUGUCAACGGCGCUUAUUGGCAUCGGCAACCUCUCUGUCUUCAUGUGCAUCACCACGUACCUUGUGGAUGCGUUUACCAUAUAUGCCGCUAGCGCGCUAGCGGCUAAUACUGUCAUCCGAAGUCUGAUGGGCGCAGUUCUGCCGCUUGCGGGUGAGAAAAUGUAUCUUACACUUGGCUUGGGAUGGGGAAAUAGUCUUCUGGCUUUUGUGGCAAUUGCAUUCCUCCCCAUACCUUGGGUGCUGGGUCGAUGGGGCGAGGUGAUUAGGACGAGAUUUGAGAUGAAGAAUUUGUAA